UUUACUGUCCUUCACUCCUCGCCUCUUUAAUUCGGUGCCGGAUCCAAUGCUGUGCUCUUCCCAUACUACUACGCCGUACUCCUUCCUCUCGGCCCGCCGGAGCUUCCUGCCGAAGCCCGCCGCCACCGUGCAUAGCUUCGCCGGAACGCCUUCCGACCACUUUUUCUAUCCGAUUCGCCAUCUUCAUUAUUCUAUUUGUGCUACUGCUGUCACCGGCUAUAGAAAAGAUGGCGAAGAGAAGGACGGAUUUGGUGGUUUCGAAUUUAUAGAGGUAGGCUACAUAAGUAGCGUUCACGGGCUUAAAGGAGAGCUGCGAGUGAAAUCCAAUACGGGUUUUCCAGAGAUUAGGUUUUGUGAGCCUGGGAGAAGGUGGCUUAGAGCACGAAUUUCAGGUAAGGAAACAAUUUCUGAACUGGUGCUUGCAGGGGGUAGAAGCCAUCCUGGAAAGACGUGUUGGAUCAUCAGUUUUGAGGGGAUUGAUGCUGUGGAUAAGGCUAAACAGAUUGUGGGUUCCACCAUGCUUGUACGGAAAGGAGAUAGGCCAGAAUUGGAGGAAGAUGAGUUUUACACUCAUGACCUUGUUGGAAUGAGGGUCAUUCAUAAGGAAACCGGCAUGCUGGUUGGAACAGUAGCAAAUGUUUUUAACUCUGGGGCUAAUGAUCUUCUACAUGUUCAUCGUUAUUCAAGUGAUCCAAGCAAAGAGAAAAAAUAUCAUAUUGAUUCACGUUUGUCAGAAGUAGAAGCACCUGCUCAAUUUUUGUGGAUUCCUUUUGUUAAAGAAAUAGUCCCAGAACUUGAUAUGGAGAGGAGAGAAAUGAUUAUCACCCCUCCAAAGGGGCUUUUAGAGCUUAAUUUGCGCAGCGACAUGAGAUCUAAAAAGGAAAGGCGUCAGAUGGAAUGGAAGCUGAGAAAGAAGUUACUGCAACGUCUUACUGCAGCCAAAAGAAGGCUACAUGAGAUGGGGCAGAGCCAUCUUCUAGAUGGAUUCAGUAUUGGAGAGAAGAGUCAAAGAGCCAUGCUUGCCAGGCAGAUUGUGGACAUCAAUCUGAGUUUAUUUCAACAUGCAAUUCAAAGUAUAGAAAGAACUUCAUUGAGAUUAAGCCUUUUCGACUUUGUGGGGGCCCACUCAGAUUUAUUGUUGAAGAAUGCUUUGAAGAUACCUCACAAAUAUAUCCUUGAUUGUGAAUAUCCAGAGAAAAAUGAAGAGUUGUUCAAAGAGGGACUACAACUUCUUAAUCAUUCAAAGGCUGCUAUUAUUCUUGUUCUCAAUGAUGACAGAAGCCUUGGAAUGUUUUCUAAUGAAUCUGCGCUCAAUAAAUUGCAGCAAUUACUACUUGAUUACCGGAGAUUAUCGAAGUUUGGAGAAAAGUGUAAUGAGACACCCCUGAUUAUAUUGACAUCAACUGGUCAGACCAAGCCAAGUGAACAACUCUUUGUAGAUAAUGAGUACUUUGGUUUCAAUGCUGAAAAGGUUUAUUUUAUGGAGGAAACGAAGCUCCCAGUUGUGAGGAAGUUUGCAGACAGCAAUAAAAUCCUAUUAAAGUCACCAUGGGAGAUACUGCUUGCACCAACAGGAUCUGGUGGAACUUUUGCUGCUCUUUCUUCGCAAAAAUAUGUAGAUUUUCUACGGGAAAUGGGCGUGGAGUAUGUUCAGGUAUGUUCUGUGGGCGAGAGAAGUGGGUUUGGCAGCCCAUUAUAUUUUGGUUGGGCGAGCUCUUGUAGGGCAGAAAUGGCGCUCAAAAUCUACGAGGACGGAAUGGAAGAAGAUGAAUUCGACAUUAUUUUCUCCAUAGAGAAAUUGAGCGAGAUCUGCAAACAAAUGGAAGCGAUCUCGUUUGUGGGCGUUCCGGAAGAGCAUGAGCAUGUUGAGAAGAUUGAUGGAAAAUGGGUAGAAAUUAAACCCAACUCUUCUUUCAAUUCGGUUCGGCUUCACUGCUCCAUUUACGGCGCGUUGAAGUUUUGUGCCGUGGAUCAGGUAUGUGUUAUGCAGGUUUUGGAUUAAGUUUUAUUAUUAUUGUUUGGGAAAUUUACAUGACAUGCUGCAUGAUUUUUAUGUAUUUACAUAUCUAACGCGUACAAAUUGAUAUUUAUUUAUACUAUUAGUGUUAUGAACUUAUGCAUGGGAAGG